AUGUCAAUGGUUCAGCCUCAAAACACGGCAAUGACUGCAGAAACUGUACCCAAGUAUCCAGGAGCCGUUUCCGUCCCUAACAAUGUCAAAAUAUCCAGUUCUUCGGUGAGCACUGCUCCUGCGGCUUCAACGGCGACACAUGCGGGCACUCAGACGGUACGUUUGAACAUGGAAAAAAUGGUGGAAUCGUUUAGCGAAGUGCUCGGCAAGGAAAACUGGAAUAAGUACGCCCAUAUUAUUAGCCUGUUCAUUCUUGGCAAGCUUUCGAGAAAAGAGCUUGUCAAUGAACUCGACUUAUUGUUCAACUUUCCACAAGAUCUGUCAGGUCUAUCACAUAUGCAAAGAUCUGCACUUAGUCAUGGAAACCUGAUACGAAUGCACAACCAGCUUUUGUUGGCCAUUUUGGCAAAUUCGCUCAGGGGAUCGCCUUUGGGAGAAUCCACAGAAGGCUCUUGGGGGUUCAACAACGGCACUACCAGCGCGAAUAAAAAGAGAUCAAACAAACACAACUCACAAAUUGACACAUAUAAAAAGAUCGUGAUGUCCCUCCCCGCUGAGGACAGAGGUAGACUGAAAACAAUCACAAAAGAAGCAGGCAAACGGGGCUUCGUACUAUGUUCAGUGCUCCAGGCCCGCUUACACACCAUUCCUAAGAUUCCAAUUGUCACAAAUCCCGAAACAUUGAAGAGGGUCAAAGCAAGUAACUUAAAAACGCCUCUUGAAUGGUCUCAAGAAAUAGUAAAUGGGUUUUCUGCUCCAUUGGCAACUGAAAGCUAUGCCCUACCCGACAACGACUCUCUUUAUCUACGAAUGAUAAGCAUAGCCCGCGAGCAUGGGUUGGUAGGUGCCGUAGAUGGAAGAUGCGUGGAGAUUAUGACUCUAGCACUGGAAAACUAUCUUAAAAAUCUGGUUGAGUCAGCAAUAGAUACCGUAAGAUACAGAAAGAAAUAUCACUCAGAUUAUUACGAUCUGAAUGAUGAUGGAUUCUAUCAAGGAGUAACGGGGGAUGAUGAAAGUCAAAUGGGCGAGGAUGGCGAGCCAAGCCACGACAUCAGAUCAAUAUCAAAUGAGGAAAUGUCUGAGACAUUGAGCAUUUACCCGAAUUUGGUUGCCCCAACCGGUGCUUAUUUAAACUUGAACAUGUGUGGUUUGAUGAAUGAUGAUGAACUUGUCAAUACAAAAAGUAGUAUUGAUGAUCUUCCUGACUUUUUGGAUGAAAAGCCAAAUUUCACACCUGUUGAUGAUAAGAAUGUGGGAAGUCGGGAUGAGCUCAAAUGGCUCAUAAAGCAGAUCCUGACAAAAGACUGA